UUGAACGGCACUUGAGUGUCACUUCAGACUUAUAUAAAAAAACCUCGUUGGUUCAACGCGACGAAUCACCAAUGGAUUCUCCUCCUCUUCCUCCGACGAAGCUUGAUUAUCAUGUAGACAUGUUUAAACUUCAAUCCCAAGCCACGUUUCUCUCCUUGUUCAAGGGGGAGGAUGGACGUAGAGCUGUUAUAUUGGACUCCACCGUGUUCCAUCCGCAAGGUGGAGGCCAGCCAGCUGACACCGGUUUAAUCCAAUUCCCCGGUUCCGAUUUCGACUUCUCCGUUCAAGAUGUUCGAUCCAAAGACGGAAUCGUUCUCCAUUAUGGAGUUUUCGAGGGUUGUUCGAAUCCUGAAGAUAUUGAGAAUGGGAAACAAGUUCAGUUGCUUGUUGAUGAAUCAAGGCGCAAACUCAACUCCAGGUUGCACUCAGCUGGACACUUGCUAGAUUUGUGUAUGCACAAGGUUGGGUUAGGACAUUUGGAGCCUGGGAAAGGCUACCAUUUCCCUGACGGACCUUUUGUGGAAUACAAAGGAGUCGUUCCACAGUCUGAAGUGCCGGUGAAGCAGAAAGAGUUGGAGGUAGAAGCUAAUGAACUGAUUUCCAAAGGAGGAAAGGUUUAUGCAGCUAUAUUACCCUAUGAAGAGGCAUCCCUGCUCUGCGGUGGCACUCUUCCUGAUUAUAUUCCCAAGGGUAGCACUCCCCGAGUCUUAAGAUUAGGUGAAAACCCUGGGUGUCCGUGUGGUGGAACCCAUGUCUCCGAUAUAUCUGAUAUCAUAAGCAUGAAGAUCACACAGAUGAGAACAAAGAAAGGAAUGACAAAAGUUUUUUACACCAUUGCAUCUUAAUUCCAGUAUACAAAAGAAAAAGUCAAGGGAAGGAAUUGAAGUGAUGACGACUGUUUCAAUCAGUUGGCUUCAACAGCAAGCAGCCUCUCCUGUGCUCAACAGCCACGAAUUAGUAUUUUGUGGGUAUUUAUUUUUUUAUCAAAACUACUAAACGACUCUCCCUAUCAUUGAUAAGUCGUAUUAAUGAUAUGAUAUUGAUGUGA